AUGAAUUAAAUUAAAUAUAAUUUUUGCAAAGUCUUAAAACUACUCUCUUAAAAGCUAAAUUAAGAUUUUAAUCCUUCACAUUUAAGUAUAAUAAAUGAAAGUAACCUUCAUUCUGUUCCAAAAGGUUCAGAAACUCAUUUUAAAAUAACAAUUGUUAGCAAUGAAUUUGAGAAUAGAAGUCAUAUAUAAAGACAUAGAGCAAUUUAUUAAUCAAUUGAUAAUGUUUGAUUUUUUAUUUAUGAUAGCUGAAAAAUGAUUAUAAAAUUCAUGCCAUUUAAAUAACAGCUAAAACAACAUGUGAAUGGGAGAAAUCCACAGAAGUAAAUCCUACUCCUAGUUGUAGAGGUGGAUCUAAGGUGAAAUCCAUUUGA